UUGCCAAGAUGAUUAGUUUCUUGCUUCUUCUAGGGUAUAGCUUGCCUCCUUAUGUUGGGCUUUACCCUUUAUGAUCCUUUGUAGUGCUGGAUUUGUAGAAAGAUAUUGUGUAAAUUUGGUUUUGUCAUGGAAUAUCUUGGUUUCUCCAUCUAUGUUAAUUGAGAGUUUUGCAGGAUACAGUAACCUGGGCUGGCAUUUGUGUUCUCUUAGGGUCUGUAUGACAUCUGUCCAGGAUCUUCUGGCCUUCAUAGUUUCUGGCGAAAAGUCUGGUGUGAUUCUGAUAGGUCUGCCUUUAUAUGUUACUUGACCUUUUUCCCUUACUGCUUUUAAUAGUCUUUCUUUAUUUUGUGCGUUUGGUGUUUUGACAAUUAUGUGACGGGAGGUGUUUCUUUUCUGGUCCAAUCUAUUUGGAGUUCUGUAGGCUUCUUGUAUGCCUAUGGGUAUCUCUUUUUUUAGGUUAGCGAAGUUUUCUUCUAUGAUUUUGUUGAAGAUAUUUACUGGUCCUUUGAGCUGGGAGUCUUCACUCUCUUCUAUACCUAUUAUCCUUAGGUUUGAUCUUCUCAUUGAGUCCUGGAUUUCCUGUAUGUUUUGGACCAGUAGCUUUUUCUGCUUUACAUUAUCUUUGACAGUUGAGUCAAUGAUUUCUAUGGAAUCUUCUGCUCCCAAGAUUCUCUCUUCCAUCUCUUGUAUUCUGUUGGUGAAGCUUGUAUCUACAGCUCCUUGUCUUUUCUUUUGAUUUUCUAUGUCCAGGGUUGUUUCCAUGUGUUCUUUCUUGAUUGCUUCUAUUUCCAUUUUUAAUUCCUUCAACUGUUUGAUUGUGUUUUCCUGGAAUUCUUUCAGGGAUUUUUGUGAUUCCUCUCUGUAGGCUUCUACUUGUUCUCUAAGGGAGUUCUUUAUGUCUUUCUUGAAGUCCUCCAGCAUCAUGAUCAAAUAUGAUUUUGAAACUAGAUCUUGCUUUUCUGGUGUGUUUGGAUAUUCCGUGUUUGCUUUGGUGGGAGAAUUGGGCUCCGAUGAUGCCAUGUAGUCUUGGUUUCUGUUGCUUGGGUUCCUGCGCUUGCCUCUCGCCAUCAGAUUAUCUCUAGUGUUACUUUGUUCUGCUAUUUCUGACCGUGGCUAGACUGUCCUAUAAGCCUGUGUGUCAGGCAUGCUGUAGACCUGUUUUCCUGUUUUCUUUCAGCCAGUUAUGGGGACAGAGUGUUCUGCUUUCGGGCGUGUAGUUUUUCCUCUCUACAGGUCUUCAGCUGUUCCUGUGGGCCUGUGUCUUGAGUUCACCAGGCAGGUUUCCUGCAGGGGAAAAGUUGGUCCCACCUGUGGUUCCAAGGCUCAAGUCUGCUCCUCGAGGGGCACUGUCCAAGUUCUCUCCGCGGCGGCAGCAACUGGGAAGAUCUGCGCUGCUCUUUCCGGGAGCCUCUGCGCACCAGGGCUCCAGCUGACGCUUGGUGUUCUCCUCUGGCGUCUGGACGUGCACAGAGUGCAGCCUCCUCUGGUCUCCCAGGCGUGUCUGCCUCUCUGAAGGUUCAGCUCUCCCUCCCACGGGAUUUGGGUGCAGAGAACUGUUUAUCCGGUCUGUUUCCUUCAGGUUCCGGCGGUGUCUCAGGGGCAGGGGUCCUGCCGCUCCUGGGCCCUCCCCUACGGGAACGCAGAGGCCUUAUACAGUUGCCUCUUGGGCCAGGGAUGUGGGCAGGGGUGGGCAGUGUUGGUGGUCUCCUCCGCUCUGCAGCCUCAGGAGUGCCCACCUGAUCAGGCGGUGAGGUCUCUCUCCCACGGGGUUUGGGAGCAGAGAGCUGCUGUGGGCCGGGAUCCGAGGGUCUCUCUGGCAUCCUUAGGGAUGCAAAACACCCAUUAUAAAAUGAAAAUAAGGGCUAGAGAGAUGGCUCAGCGGUUAAGAGCACCCGACUGCUCUUCCAGAGGUCCUGAGUUCAAUUCCCAGCAACCACAUGGUGGCUCACAACCAUCUGUAAGGAGACCCGAUGCCCUCUUCUGGUGUGUCUGAAGACAGCUACAGUGUACUUAUAUAUAAUAAAUGAAUAAAUAAAUCUUUAAAAUGAAAAUAAGGGGCUGGAGAGAUGGCUCAGCGGUUAAGAGCACUGACUGCUCUUCCAGAGGUCAUGAGUUCAAAUCCCAGCAACCACAUGGUGGCUCACAACCAUCUGUAAUGAGAUUUGAUGCUCUCUUCUGGUGUGUCGGAGGACAGUGACAGUGUAUAUAUAUAUAAUAAAUAAAUCUUUAAAAAAAUGAAAAUAAACAAAUCUUUUUAUGAAAAUCCACACUAUCUAGCUGGGAUGGCAAGAUAGCAACUUGCCACCAAGCCUAAUGACCAGAAAGUUCAGUCCUAAAGGCCUGAAUUCAACUCGUGUGAUCCUUAUGGUAAGAGGGGAGAAGAGACUCCUACAGAUUGCCUUCUGACCUACACCCUUAGCCCUUGCAUACCAAAUACAAAUACACAUUUUAAAAUGUAACGAAAGUACAAUAGCCUAAUGCCCUUGUUUUGGUCUACAAUUCACUUGACCAUACUCUGGUUGAAAAGUUUUGAGACAUUAGCAAGUGUUAUCAAGUAAACACCUUAUUUAUUUUUUAACCAACCACCCAGAUGGCAGAAAUCACAACAGUGUUUUAGUCUUUGAUUAAAGUAUUUAUGUUACUGACUUGGAGGUGAGAUCAAGCUAGACAAUGUUUAAGGAAAACCGUGUGUGUGUGUGUGUGUGUGUGUGUGUGUGUGUACGCACAUGUGCUCAUGGACGCACAUGCAGGUGCGCCAUGAAAGGAGAGGCUAUCUAGUGCCUCUUGGAAGGAGACUAUCUCUUGGGAGAAAGUCAAAACACACUAAUAACACAGAAAAAAAAAUCAGUUUGCCCAACACCAGAUUGUUAAAUCCGAACUACUCUCGCAAAACCUAAACUCACUGACAAACUGCCCCAGUUUGAUUGCCAAAUUAUUUAUCCCAUUUACAGCCACUGAGAGGAGGAGAAAGGUCGGUGAGUCCCACAGGAUAAGAUCAGUUAAGAGAAUGCACUUUAGGGAAAACACAACAGCUCCUUAGAGAGUGGCGUCUGGGCUUGAUGACACACUCAUCCCAAACCCACAACUUUCUCCUUGGCUCCUACCACCUCUAUCCACAGCUGACAACUGUCAGACUCAUGACUGAACUAGGAGAAACCUUUACAUCACAUCUUGGACAAGUCUACAGCCUGCUAGUGGCUUGCUAGGCAGUGUAUACUGAAGCUCUAGAUCCAUCUCCCUAAUUUUGUACUGCGGUCAGUGAGGGACUGAUAACAGCCCAGCCCCCUUUUGGUUACGGGGACCACAUAUACCUUGCGAGGCUUAGGAACAGCAGAACUAGGAGAACAAGUCUUUUUUUUUUUUUUUUUUUUUUUUAAUAGCAGCUCCCCGCUCUGUUAUUCAAAGGCCUAGUACUGAGCAGAAAGGACAGCCUCUUGGAACGGCCAGAAGCUCCUAAGCCCCGCCCAUCAUCCUAAUCCACGCCCCAUGCACCUAUAAGGCACCGCCCCUGCGCCCUCUAGACAAGGACCUUACGAGCGUAUCCAACUAAGAUCCCUAGGGGCUUAGGCCCCGCCCACUUGCUCCCAAAAGCUCAGUACAUUCACCCACCAGGCCCCCAUUCCUCUUCAAGCUCCGCCCCUUAGCAACAACACCCUCUCCUUGAGGUCCACCACGCUCCCUUAAGCCCACAGGCACCUCUGUAGGCCCCACCCACAUGUCUCUCCUUGGGUCAGUUCCGCACCCGCGGAAGGUCAGGCCGCGCCCACCGAGGUCAACUCGCAUUUCUUUUUGCAUCUCCUCCUCAAGAUAGAAGAAAAAUGGUAGCUCCCGGAAAUGACUUCACGAUCUCCAGGGUCGGCUUCCGCUCCUCCCGGAAGUGACGUGCAAAGCCGGGCUCAGCGCUGUGGAGGGCCGCCGCCACCAUGGGCCGCGAGUUUGGGAACCUGACGCGGAUACGGCAUGUGAUCUCCUACAGCUUGUCGCCCUUUGAGCAGCGCGCCUUCCCGCACUAUUUCAGCAAAGGCAUCCCCAACGUGCUGCGCCGCACUCGCGAGCGCAUCCUGCGCGUGGCGCCGCCAUUUGUACUGUUCUAUCUGAUCUACACAUGGGGCAACCAGGAGUUUGCGCAGUCCAAACGGAAGAAUCCAGCUAAGUACGAGAAUGACAAGUGAGCAGCCUGCACCUGGAUGACAGUCCCCUGCCUUUGAAAGACCCUGCUCCGGGAGAGGAAGCCACACUGUAGUCUUGAAGACAAUAAACUACUUAUGGACUUCC